GUGUUACUGUUGUUACCGUAUACAAAGUAAACGACAGAGAAGUUAGUGGGCUAAAGAGUGAGUCUGCUGGCUGACUAACGUUAACUUACGUUAAAACAGUAGACGUUUUAAACUGGGUUGACUAGAAACCCUUUUUUAGCCAACUCACGUUAGCUAAUCCGAGAAAAUAGCGCUUACAGAAAACUGCUGCCACAUCAUUGGGACCACAAACGUUACUUUCAGUGUGUACGUUAGCUUCCAGCAAAUAGCCUGAAGACAAAACGUCAAGUUAACGUUAGUUGCACAAAGCCAGCAAGUGUGUAGAUUUAAAACCUGUAACGAUGUAACGAAGUCUCACAAUGUGCUCUACCUAACGUAACGUUAACUUUACAUCAGCUCACUCACUUCGUUCGUUCAGAAGUUGUGAAUCGUGUAGCUACCGUGUGCCAGCAGUAUGCUAAGCUGACUGGAGGCCUGCCACCAUGGAGCCAGCCUGCCGUAAGGACAAGCCAAAGCUGAACUCGACCCCGACCAGAGGAGACAGAGCCAGGCAGAAGUCUGCUCAGCAAGAGCUCAAACAACGACAGAGAGCCGAGAUUUAUGCCUUGAACAAGGUGAUGACUGAGCUGGAGCAGCAGCAGUUCGAGGCCUUUUGUAAACAGAUGCAGUCGCAAGGAGAAUGAUGAUGAUGAUGAGCCUUCCUCCUUCACCCGGACCAGGACCUGCUGCCGUCCAGAAGCACCCAGUAUGCACACUAUUACUGACACACAGCCACACACUUCUACUCAUGUUCAGUAAGACAAUCUUGGUGUCUUGAUGUUUUACUGACUCAGACUCCUGACGUCACCUGACAGUAUUGUUGUAAUAAGCUGGUCUGGUUGUUAACUGAGAGCGUUGUAGAUCCAAGUUGCCUAUUUCCUACCAACACAUCUGGUCACUGGCCUUUUCUGUGCUUAAAUAUCCACCUUUGUUACAUUAAUGUAGUGGUUGAAAUGCUCCCUUUUUUUCAGUGCUGUUAAAAUUCAAAAUACAUGCGUUGAGAUUUUGAAGUUGGCCAGCUCACAUUAUGAGCUAACACCAGUGUUAAUAGCUCAGAGAGGGCAGCAGUGAUCAAUGUUCUCAGCUGGUCAGAGACCUGCCAGUUAAAAGCACACUUUUAUAACCAAUGGGAUAUUAGUGGAUGUAAAUAAAGCUACAUUAAGUGGUUUUUGACCCCCACAGCAAUGAGGCUUAUACAAUCGAGUUGAACGCUACCAUGGAGCCUUCUAAAGCUAAAGGGGCUUUCUUUCUGUUUGUCCCCGAAAAAUGAUUUCAGUAAACGCUUAUAGCAGCCCUGGCUGACUUGAAGAAAAAACACGACAAGAAACCUGCAUGUUAUUUAUUAAAUCUGUAAUACUCAUGUGUGCUGAAGUAAAUGCACAUAUUACUCUGCAGUGCUACAGUAAAAUACAUGAUUAUCCAAACAGCCUACACAGAACAUAUUCUUGACACAACAUGUGAAUGUAUUUGUGUACUUUAGGCCCAGUGUGCACUGUGAGCUCACAUGCUUUAACUUUAAAUGAGAUGCAGUGCACCGAUUGGAGAUCAAUAUUUACUGAAAUAUGACUUUUCCUUUAUUAUUUGAAUGAGUUGGACACGUUCCCGUACUUAUUUUGUCUUUAUAGUGUACAUUUCCGGUAUUCUCCUCUCUUAUGACCCCAGCAGUGUGUGUAUCCUUUGAGCGUAUUGUUUUAGCUUCAAACCAUUCAACAGUCCAGCUGAAUGAAGCUGUUUUAUUUAUUUUUAACCUCUGUCUCUGAGGCUGCAGUUAGUGGUUGCAUUGCUAACAGUACUACAGCUAAUAUCACAUGGUUGCUACACCGUCUAAAACUGGUAAGAUGAUAAAACUGACAAAAUACCAGUCAGCCACAGACCGUGCUUCUACCUGGGAAUGGAAGGACUACAGGUUGUUUUGGUUGAUCCAUAAACAAUGCUUAAUGUAGCUUCAAAACCGACACGUCCUCUAAUAUGCCGGUGUUAACGGUGCUCACUUUCAACACUGUCUGCAGUAAUAACUGGCCUGUAUGGGAAUAAUACUGCAUUUUAUUGUCACAUUCACACGUUUUGCAAUAUAAACAACCUUUAUUUAUGUGUGAUGACUGUAAAAUGUGUAUAUUGUUUUUAGUACAGUAUCUCACUUGAGUUAUACAAUCUUGAUUCAAUUCAAAUAAAAGUGAGUUUUUUUUAAA